AUGCUUCUUGGUAUUUUCUUAACAUACCAAGUAUGGAUCUUCACCUGCAUUUUUGAAGCUUCAGCUGAUUGGGAAUUGUCAUGCUAUAACGAGUCUCUGCAUAUACAUUGUGGCUCUGAAAAAACAAUAAUUAUUCAUGAAGCUCACUUUGGUUAUUUUCGUGAGAUUCUACUUAUAUCGAACUCAACCGAUCGGUGUCGUACACACAAUUCUCGAGAUUGUUGGGUCGAUGUGACUGCCAAUAUAUCUAGAAGAUGUUCUGGUCAUUCUGUAUGUAAAAAUUCCGUUCAUUAUUCAUCUGACUUGUCUGCUGAUUUGUUGGCGAGAGAAUGUUCUUUCAUAAUCGACAAUGCAGCUGAGCCAACUUUGUUCGUAGAGUAUGACUGUAUUUCAACAACUCUUGUAACACGUAUAUCUAAUGAAAAUCAUGUGGAUCCUGAACAGAUUGGUGGUUAUUUAAUCAGCUUAGAUUAUAAUGAAAUAGUAAAAAGUGGUUCAGAAUGGAGAAGUCACUUAGCUGAGGCAAUGUGUAAUCCCAAAUCAAAUCAUUUACCCCAUCAGUUCUAUUUACCGGCGCCCAAAAUCGCAGCAACCAAAUAUUCGAUUGAUGAUGAUGAUUCAUUUAGCAGCUACGGUGAAAGUGGUCAUCGUGAAAAUAAUCAUGAUCGUCUACUGAACAAAGGCGAUUUGGCUACAUUUAUAUUACGGAUAAAAGAUAUAGGUUUGACUAAAUCAACCACAAAUAUGAAUGAAAUUUCAUCGGCUUUCGCUUCUUCAUCAUCCUCAUCUACUUCAUCAUUGUCAUCGUUAUCAAAUAAUAAUCGUAAUCAUCAUAAUAAUAAUUUAAUAUUAGCUACUGGAUCAGCAUGUCCAUCAAAUCCUGGAAUUGCAUGUAGUCAUGAUUAUUUAUCAGUCGAUGCUCGUAUAUCUAAUGUUUAUGAUGGUACAAUUAGCAAUAUACCAAUAAUUCGUUUUUGUUUAAUCAAUAGUUCCACAUUGAAAACAAUCGCUACAAAGACAAAAACAAAAUUAACAGAAAUACAAAUGACCAAUUCAUCAUCAUUAUCUUCUUCUUCUUCUUCUUCAUCUUCAAUCUCCUCUGGAUCAUUUUCAUUUAAUUCAAUAGAUUAUAAUAAAUUAUAUCCACCAGAUGAAUCAUAUUUAGUUGGGCAAAUUUAUGGUCCAAUCAGUAAUGUAUACGGUUUACAGUUUACAUCAAAUUUGAAUUUAUUAGAUCCAUAUAUUAUUCAUGGAAAAGGCAUAGUGUUAGAAUAUAUUGCUCUUUUAUGUGUUCCCAUCAAUCCACCAAGUGGUAAUGGAGUAGUUGACUAUCGGUUCCGUGUAAAUCAGCAAACCUCUCAUACCUUCGCUUAUGCUGAAGUAUUCUGUCCAUCUGAUCGUUGGUUAGAGCCAAUGGAUCCAGACCUAGAUGAAAUCAAUCCAGCACAAUCAUCGUGGUCGUUUUCGUCAACAGAUAAUAGUUCAUCACCUAAUAAUGACAAUAUUCCUAAUCCAUGGUGGUUACAGCGUAGAAGACAUAUAACACUGAUUUGUGAUCAUCACGAACGUAAAUGGAUACCAAAUCGUUUGCCAGAAGCUUGUUUAACAUCUGAUGAACUUGCCACAUUUGUUGCACAGAUCACUAGAAAUUUACAAGAAAUUGAAAAAAACACGAAAUUAUCCUUGAAUAGUAAUCAAUCGAAUAUGAACAACAGCAAUGAUAUGAUGUUGAAGACUUCGACAUCUAUCAACCAAUCACAAUUAAAUACUACACAUUCAUCAUUGUAUUUGAAAGCCGCCAAUAAUAAUGAUCAAGUUACGCAUCUUUCAUCAGUUGCCUUAGGAUCUAUACUUGGAAUAUUAAUAUUCCUUUUGGCCACUCUUCUUGUUGUCUAUAGUCUAAGGCAUAAAUUAUUUGAACAUUAUCAUAAAACUAUUGAUCUAGCUGCAAUUUCAUCGUCGAAUCGUCUUGGUUCCUGUUCAUUGGGAACAUUUAGUAGAUCUAAAGAUACUUUAUUAUUUCCAACAUGUAAAAAAUCUCUCAUGUCAUUUCAUAACAAUAGUAACAACAACAACAACAACCAUAAUCACACAAUUUUCACCAAUGGAAAUCUCUUCAAAUCUGAUCUACAUUUAUUGAGUCAUAAUACAAUCAAUGAAAGUUUACCAGAUUUUCAGAAUACAGCACUUCAUUCAUCAACUGUUUCGGGUGUGAAUAGAAAACCGUCAAAUAUUGACUUUAUUACAGAUGGUCACUUACCACCAUGGCGUAAUUCUUUUAUGAAAAGAAAUCACAAAACGCCUACUGCUAUUUCAGCAUUAACAUUGGUACCAAAUACACCGAAUUCAGAUCGUCGACAGAUUAUGAACUCAUUACCAUGGCUACGGACAAAUUCCACAUCUCAUAUUAGCAGUAAUAAUGGUGCUCCCUCUUCCUUUAUUCAUAAUGCUAAUCAUAAUAAUAGUACUACUAAUACUAAUAAGAAUAAUAACCAUUCAAGAUUUGGAGCAUCUAGUGAAACAAUUCUAUUUUCGUCAUUGAAUCCACCGAAUGGUAUACCACGUUCAUGGUGGUUACCAUGGCGUAGAAGUAUGCGAAAAAAACGUCGAUUAUAUACACAGUUACAAAGACGUCAGGAAAUUCAAUCAUUAUCUCAACGUGGUCUUUUAGAAUCAUCUGGUAGUUUUUUAGGGAAAUCCACUCCACAAUUACCAAAUAAUCGUCACUUAAUGACAUCAUCAAAUAAUAGUGGGCUAUUGGUGAAUGACAAUGUUUCAAGAUUUGGUACAACUGCUGAACCAUCAUUACCUGCGAUACCUAUAUCAUCAUCGCCAUCAUCAACAUCAUCGUUAUCAAAUAAGGAAGAAUUGAUUCAUCAACAUCCAUACUCAAAUCAUAUUUUUUUAAGAUCGGGAAGAUCUGGCAGUGAAAGAACACGACAAAGUACAAAGACGUUGAUCACGACCACAGACAACGGUAGUAAUUCCGGGAUAGUUAGCGCUUUAUACGCAAAUGAUGAUCAAGCGAAUUCACCAAUUUAUACAAAGUAUCCUAUGAAUUUGCCAAAUAAUAAUAAUAGUAAUGGAGACAAUACAUCACCGUCUAUUUAUCCCAAGACUAAUUCAAAUAUACAAUCUAUUUCAUGGAUCAAUGUGAAUGAUAAUGAUUUACCAUGGAAAUUUACACCACCAAGUAGAAAUAGUUUUAGUAAUGGUAUUCGACGAUUAUCAUCAUUUUUUCGUAGUUUUAAUCAAAGUAACGGAUCAUUUACACCACCAAGAUAUCAUAAUAACAAUAAUAGUAAUGGUUAUGGAUUAUCUUAUAAAAAAUCAUCUUUAAGGUCUUCAUCAUUCAAUACAUCACGUACAGAGAUGAUGCCAUCAAUGCCAGUAUUACCUACAUUUAACUAUUUGACUACAUCAAAUAAUAAUAAUAAUAAUAAUAAUAAUAGUGGUAAUAUUGUACCAUUGACCAGUCAUUAUCCGGUCAAUAAACAACAUUUUGAUUCAUUUCGAUUAAAUGGUCGUCAUGUUACUCAUCCGUUGAUGCAACCAGCUUUGCAAUCAAUGUCAGAAUCGAAGGAUUUACACAGAAAACAUAAUUAUAUCGAGAAUAUGUGGAGUACUCAAACAGUAAAACCAUCAUUAUUUCAUCAAGAUGCUUAUCAACACCAAAAUCAUCAUACUAUGUAUAGCAGCGGAGAUGAACACACUACCAUCAAUGAUAUGUUAUCACGUAACACAACAAAAACUAGUUUACAAGGAAGUAGUCGACUAGAUUCCUUACUAUCCACAGAAUUGAUUGAUUUAUGCAACAAUAACAAUGGGUGUAGUAGUAGUAAUAAUAAAAAUAUUGUAAAGAAUGAUCCAUUGGCUAAAUUAAAUUCUACUUCAGUGACAGUAAAGCAAAUGGUACCGAAUUCAAUGUACAAUAGUUCACUAAAUUAUAAUAAAUUUGAUUAUAUUGAAAAAGAUGAUUUAAAUCAUUUACCAUAUCUAACAACUGAUCCUUAUUUGGAACCUGUUUCACUGAAACGAAGACAACAACACGAAAAACAACCGGAUAAUUUGAUAAAUACAGAGAAAAUCAAUCUCAUUGAUCAUUAUAAUGAUAUAGAUCUCGAUACAGCAGUGAAUGAAAAUGGUGAUUUAAUCAAAUUAAAUAAAUGUGAUCAACAUCGGGCAGUUCAUAGUGGAACAAGUUCAGCAAUUAGUUCAUUAGUAUUCGCUGAUGAUUCUGAUCUUUCUAAAGUGUCAGAAAAUUCAAUAAAAAGUCGAAAAUCUGAUCAAUAUAGUUCAUUACGCUUGAUCACAUCACAAACUGUAUCAUCUAAUGAAACUAAUUCAAUGAAUAAUAAUCCUACAAUAGAUGUUACGACGGUUAUUACCAAUAUUUGUACUACUACUACUACUACUUCUACAACCAACAUUUCAAUUCCCACUGCUACAGCAAUUGUUCCUAACAGUGAUGACAUUGUAGCUCUACCUCGAGUGAAAAACCCAAAUAAUAUUGAUUAUGUAACUUAUGAUGAAACACGUUCGUAUGAUAAGAAAAAUAACCGAUUUACACUGAAUAAAAUUACUGGACAACAACCAUAUUCAAUUGAUUCUGACCGUAAUCCGUUGAUUACAAAUAACAAACUUGUAGCUGGAACAUUAACAGUUGCAUCAGCAUUGUUGUCAUCAGAUCAUGACGUUCAACGUAGAAUCAAUACAAUGAAAGGUGAUUCUGAUUCGCGCCCACUAUCUGAUGCAAUGAUUAGCAAUCAUUAUUAUGAUUUAAAUCGUAAUAUAAAUUAUCAAGAAAUAUCAAUGGAAUCAUCAUUACAAGAAGAGGAAAACAGGGAUUCUAAUCAUCAAUUAUUAUGCAAAUCUCAUCCACCAUUACCACCAUUAUGGUCUAAUAAUAAUAAUAAUCAUGUGCAACAUUUUAAUAAAAACCAUAUUAUUACUGCCACUACUACUACUACUAAUAAUAAUAAUAAUGAUAGUAGUAAGAGAAAUUUUGGUUCAAUCGAUUCAUUAUAUGAAACAGUGGAUUUGCCUAGAACUAAUUUACCGACCUCAGUGUUAACAUCGACAACAAUGAUACAACAAAAACAACAACAUUUCAUGGAGUUCGGAAAUAUUGUCAAUAGCGAACAUUUACGUCAACAUCGACGUAGUUGUAUGGCAUUACCGCCAACACCAUCAUCUCUAUUCAAUGUAAAAGCACCGAUACGUUUAAUCAGUGAAAUGGAUGAUUGGAAUUUGCCUAGUUGUUCUGAUGAUUCGGAAUAACUAAUUUUAUGAUUAAGAGAAAGGAGAAGACAAUGAGAAUUCUUGUAUAGAUCAAAGAUAUUGAAUGAAAAUAUUCAAUUUGUAAAUGAUUUACAAUGAAAAUCAAUCCAUUCUUUAUUUAUUCCCAGCUUCAUUGUGAUACUUUCGUAUCACAGUUUUAAUUAAAGGAACUUCCAUUCACAGUGGAAACUGCUUCCGAGUUUCUACUGUGAACAUUCAAAUGAUGAAUUUUGGAAAACAUUGAUAAAUAUGUGUAGUUUGUUUCUCUACAAUUCUAUUGUACCAUUCACCAAUGUUAUGUGCAUGCAAAACCUGACGCUGUUUAGCUGGAGAUAAUCACUGGUCUUUCUGUAUUCCAUUGAGGUUAUCUUCCAAGAAAUGUUAACAUUCAGUAGCAAAAUCUCGUUAAUGGUUUUGGUUUAGCAAUGUGCAUUCGGAUAUAAUGAUGAUUAUUCUGUGUGUAUGUUACUAUCUUGUAACGCCAUAUUCUGUAGCUUCUUUUCAAAAUGAUAUUUUACAGACUUCCAUGUUAUAUAAAACUUGCUAAUGCUGGUAAGAAAUAGAGGAAAUAAAGAUCUUCGUAGCAAAACUAUGAGCCUGAGUUCAAUCUGUGUUAGCGUGUUUCGAAGAUAUCGUUGACUAAGACGAAACAUUUGUCUUUUCGGUACUUCCUGGUUGUCCAUGAUUGUCUAAAAUCAUUUAGUGGUGUAAACUUUGAAAAGUCAACAAUCUUCUAGUGUGAUUAAUUUGAAAACUAUUCAGUUUACUCCACAGAAUAAUGAUAUCAAUAAAUGAUUUCUCUCUGCUUUUUUUCUUUGUUUCCACAUCCUGUCCGAAUGCAUUUCUCAUCAGGAUUACUCCAAUUAUGUUCUACUCUUAGCUCGACUUUUCUUAAACUGCGUUGUCAAAAAAAAUCCAGACAUUGGUACCAUUCAAAUAUACAUGAAUUUCAUUCAGCUGUUCAAGCAUAAAACCAUGUCAUCUACUGACAACAAAUUAUCCACAUAUACCUCUUCCCAUGAUCCAGACCAUAUAUAUUACUUAUUUCGUUAUAUUCUUAAACAGAUUGAGAAAUCCUUUACUGAACUGUAAGUGUCUUCCAACAAUACACUUUCUCAGUUACUCUCUUUCUACAUAAAUUCUCAGUAUGUUCUUGACUUGAUAUUUUUUACUUUUCUGACUGUAACAGAAUAUUUCUAUCAAUCUUUUCUUUUGUUUAAAUGAACAUCAUUUUCAUUCAUUCAUAUGUAUAGCUAUGAGUAUGGACAUACUCCUUUCCGAUGAUGUUGUCUUCUCUAAACUAGUUAGGUUAGUUACGAAGCUUUGAAUAUUCUUUGCAAUUGAUCCAUUCAUUUCAAAUAGUAUGUAUUACAACUGGUUGGAUUCAACUGAGCUACCAAUUUUCGCGUUAUAAAUGUCCAGUUGAAUUUUCAAUUUUGGUAACACAUACACACACACACAACGUAUUCAAUUCACACUUGCCGUUUCUACAAUUUCUUUCAUUGAAACUCAUCUUCACACCUUGUACAGCUUUUAGUGCAUAGAAUCUAUAAAAUCAAUAUCGUACACACAUCUCUUAUGUUAAACUGCAUUCAGUGGUUUGUUUUUAAACAUUACCAAAGUGACAUUUCACAUCACUGUUUUCCUUACUUACAAUUCCUUUGUUAUAUAUACAUUACACAUGUACACAGAAAAUAACUUUGACACUAAUGCAAUUCUCUCCUCGUUAUUUUGUACGACAAUACUAAAUUAUGCUUGUCCAUUAGUUAAUUAUAUAUAAAAAUCCAGUUUCUCUAUAUUAUUGA